AUGAACAGCAAAAACUGGGGCGACAAAGCCGAUAAGGAUCUGUUCUUCACGAUACUCUCCGUCAAGAACAUUGGUGUCAUAAGUGGCUCGGAAUGGACCACCAUUGGAAACCAUAUGCGGUCUCUCGGAUAUGGUUUCACAAAUGAAGGCUGCCGCCAACACUUCCAAGGUCUCCGCCGAGCACAGCAAAAGGCUGAGGCAAAUGGCGCCUUGGGCGACAACCCCAGGAAGGUCGACCCUACCCUCAAUCCCAUCACCCGACGGCCGGGCCCCGGACGAGGACGGCCCAGGAAGUCUGUUGGCGGUGCCUCUGCGGAUGCUCAGGGUUCCGAGAGCGCCAGUCCCUCCUCGCCGUCUCAAUCCCACAUUCAGCAGCAGCAGCAACCAUCGCAGGCACAACCACUGGAUCUGGAACAAUCGAUGCAACCCCAGCCGCCUAUGGAUCCCACGAUUGGCCCUGCACCGACCCCCAUGAUGGAUGCUGCGCCCACACAGGACCAGGACCCGGUCCCGCAGCCGCCGCAGCCGCAGCCGCCGCAGCCCAUGGUCCUGCAGCCAGAGGGUGUGUCUUUCGAGGGUGCGAGUGAGGAGCCUGAUGAGCAUGCUGCUAAGCGUCCUAAACUCGAAGAGAACCACGAUCCUGCCCUCAACGACGAGGCCAUCCUGAGCGCGCUGGCGGCCCACACCAGCCCAGGUGUGGACCACUACAAUCCAGAGUAA